AUGGAGCAACCAACAUCACCCCAAGGUGGGGCUGAUUCUGAAAUGGAUUUCUCUAUGAAUGUAUGUAGCCCGGAGGCCAUGGCCUACUCCUUGUUUAAUGAGCGAGAGUCACCUCCCCCUGCCACUACUGCAGAGCCCGUGGUACCUAUACCUCCACCCCCUCCACUGCCACCUGUACCGGUAAACGUCACUCCCAACAGAACUGCAUCAGUCUUUAUGUCGGCGUUUCCCAUUGUAACAAUUCCACAGACUUCCAUGGUAACACCAACUUUUAUUCAGGUUCAACAAAUCCAACAAGUGCCACAAACUAGAUUGACGUUGCAACCGAUACAGACCCAGUCCAUCCAACCUAUGCAGCAGACAGUUCAACAUACGAUCACACAGCAGCAGUGGCAGCAGCUUACAUUACAACAGCAGGCACAAAUACAGCAGCAGUUGCAGCAGCAUUUACAGCAGCAAGGGUUGAGGAUUCAAGGACAGCCACAACUGGUUCUAACACAAACUCCGAACCAACCCAUACAACAUGUACAAAUACAACAGUCACGAACUCAGCAGCAGUUGCUACAACAGCAAAAACAACAAGGACUUAAGUUGCAGCAACAACAGCCAGUCAUACAGCAAUUACAGACAGUGCAACAGCAGCUGCAGUUAAAGAAACAGCAGCAGCUACAAAUGCAGCAAGCUCAGAUUGCUCAGCAGGGUCAACAGAUACAAUCCCAUACCAUUCUCCCACCGUCCGUCCCACUUGCCACCUUCCAACUGACCCCUCCCACUCACACCUUCCAAGUCACCACUCACCCAAACUAA